UAUUUUUGUGUUAGCUGCUUCCCCUUAAAUGUAUGUUCACAAAUGGGCCACAGCUUUAUCAGCUGAGGUUGAGGGAAGACUGGUCUAGGUGCUGCUCCUGAACUUGGCCUCUGAGCAAUGGCUUCUCAUAGACACUCAGGUCCCUCCAGCUACAAGGUGGGCACCAUGGCUGAGAAAUUCGACUGUCACUACUGCCGGGAUCCCCUGCAGGGAAAGAAGUACGUGCAGAAGGACGGCCACUACUGCUGCCUGAGGUGCUUUGACAAGUUCUGCGCCAACACCUGUGCAGAGUGCCGCAAGCCCAUCGGUGCGGAUUCCAAGGAGCUGCAUUAUAAGAACCGCUACUGGCACGAAACUUGCUUCCACUGUUACAAGUGCCAUCGCCCUUUGGCCAAUGAGACCUUUGUGGCCAAGGACAACAAGAUCCUGUGCAACAAGUGCACCACUCGUGAGGAUUCCCCCAAGUGCAAAGGGUGCUUCAAGCCGAUUGUGGCAGGAGAUCAAAACGUGGAGUACAAGGGGACCGUCUGGCACAAAGAUUGCUUCACCUGCAGUCACUGCAACCAGGUCAUCGGGACUGGAAGCUUCUUCCCGAAAGGGGAGAACUUCUACUGCGUGACUUGCCACGAGGCCAAAUUUGCCAAGCAUUGCGUGAAGUGCAAUAAGGCCAUCACAUCUGGAGGAAUCACUUACCAGGAUCAACCCUGGCAUGCCGAUUGCUUUGUGUGUGUUACCUGUUCUAAGAAGCUUGCUGGGCAGCGUUUCACCGCUGUGGAGGACCAGUAUUACUGCGUGGAUUGCUACAAGAACUUUGUGGCCAAGAAGUGUGCUGGAUGCAAGAACCCCAUCACUGGGAAAAGGACUGUGUCAAGAGUGAGCCACCCAGUCUCUAAAGCUAGGAAGCCCCCAGUGUGCCACGGGAAACGCUUGCCUCUCACCCUGUUUCCCAGCGCCAACAUCCGGGGCAGGCAUCCGGGUGGAGAGAGAACUUGUCCCUCGUGGGUGGUUGUUCUUUAUAGAAAAAAUCGAAGCUUAGCAGCUCCUCGAGGCCCGGGUUUGGUAAAGGCUCCAGUGUGGUGGCCUAUGAAGGACAAUCCUGGCACGACUACUGCUUCCACUGCAAAAAAUGCUCCGUGAAUCUGGCCAACAAGCGCUUUGUUUUCCAUGAGGAGCAGGUGUAUUGCCCCGACUGUGCCAAAAAGCUGUAAAUGGACAGGGGCUCCUGUCCUGUAAAAUGGAAUCUGCAGCUUGUGCUUUGUGUCCUCUUCCUGCCCUAUACCAUCAAUAGGGAAAGAGUGGUGUUUCACCUCCUCAAAGUUGUUUCUCUGUCUUUUUUUCCCCCAUUUUACAGUAUUACUCAAAUGAAGGGCACACAGUGAUCAUACUUAGGAUUUAGCAAACAGCAACGCUGCGGCAAACUUCACUUCUCUGUAGCUGGGAUCUGAAAAAAUUCAAACUUAGAUUGACUCUUCUGCAUGUUUAUCAUAGAGCAGAACAGUGCUAUCCAUUUAGCCACUUAGUGAUGUAAGCAAGAAGCAUAAGCGAUAAACCCCCCACUGAGGCAGCUUUCAUGGCUCAGCUGGGACCCACUGUGUAGUCACACGCAUAGUCACAUGCAGGAGUUGCAGCGGCUGCUUUAACUCAGGCUGCUCACCCAGCUCUGUGAGCAAAGAACUCCCCACAAUGCAUGGUUUAACGUCCUCAUCCAAACUCUUAGCUUCCUUCUGUUCUUUGUGCUUUCGAAUGACUAACUCGACUUUCCAGAAAAUUAACAUCUAACGUAGCUGUACUUCUAUCGAGAACUGACCUUUCUCCAUACUAACGUUUGAGUUCCCUGUGCGGUGUGUUUUCUGAGUGUUCCUACCUUAAAGUCUGGAACAUGCAGGUGAUUGGGAAAGUGUAGGCAGAUUCGAGAAAAAAAAAAAAAAAAACGAGCCUGUUAUGGAUGAACAUCGUCACAGCGGAUACUUUUGGAAGCUUAACAAAACUAACCCCGCUGUCCUUUUUAUUUUUUUAAUGAAUAUUUUUCUUUGUUUUAAUUAGUAGCGACAUAGUUUGAGUUUUGAAACUUGCAUGACACUAUUUUAGCCCCCUCGAACCUUCCUGCAGUUUUGAAAUUCAUCCCACAGAAGUACAACUCUACAGGGGUAGCUGAGCAAGUGCCAGAGCCGUCAUCGACAUGGAUGUGGCAUUUCAAAGCGGUGACGAGUUGAAUCCCUUGUGACAUAGUAGUUGUCAGCUCUUUGUCCAUGUGUUAGGGAGGGCCACCAAGUCCCUUCUCUUGUGAUUCCUAGGACUUUUCCUCAAGAGCUUAGCUGGAUCUGUGGGGGAGUGGGAGGCCAUCAUCCUCACGGGCAGAACGGGAUUUCUACCUACUGCUUAUAAGAAAUGCAGGAUCUCCUCCUUACUGUAUUCUACAUUAUUACAUAGUCUAAUGAGACAAUAUCAGACGUAAACAUGUAAUGACAAUAUGUAUUAACAUUCUUGUAGGAGUGGUUAUAGAAGCUGAUGCCUCAUUUCUACAUUUUGUCAUUAGCUGUUCUCAUCUAACGUUUCAGUGUAUCCUUACAGAAAUAAAGCAGCAUAACAAUA